CGCGUUAAUGAAAGAAAGCAACCUUUUUCGUCUGAGCUCUAGCUUUGUGGAAUUGGGAAUUGGGACUAGUUGGCAUGUUUGUUUGUGGCUUCAUGAGCGUACUCAGAUCUAUAUCUACCGGUGGGACCUCGAUAUCUCGUUUACAAAAUUAGUGGCUCCAAUUCUCGCCCUGCAAUUCGGUGAACCAACUGAAGAAAUCUGUCUGCAUUUCUUCAAAUAUGCAUCCUUAGUGACUCAAAUGCAGGAAAUUGGAGGCUCUGCAUCUUGAUGAAAGGGGGAAAGAAUGUAGUUGUGCCACAAUUUACAAAUGUCGAAGACUGGGAGCAAUGGCGUCCACGAGGUUGCUCGUCGCGCUCUGCGUGGUGGCGCUGUUCGCCGUGAGGUCCGAGUCCCACGGCCUGGAGGACUUCACCGGCGGCGGGAGCGCGGAGGCGACGCCGGCGAUGCAGACCUUCUUCAAGCCCGAGGCCGCGGCGCUCCCGGAGGCCCUGGACGCGUCCAUGCCCGCGGCCACCACCAUGGCCGCCAAGCCGGAGGCCUCGGCGAUCCCGACCACCACCACCACCACCACGGCCGGGGCCGCCACCGGCACCACCGCCAGCACGGCUUCGGCCCCGGCGCGCAGGUCCGUGUCCGUGGCCGCCGGCGUGGCCUGCGGCGUCGCGGCCGUGGCGGUGGUCGGCAUCGCGGCCGCCGUGGCGUACGUGGUGCGCGGCCGGCGCGGCGCGGCGGUCCAGCUCGGCUCCUCCCCGUGAGCCGCAGCCUAGCUAGCGGGACCCACCCACCAGGCCUCUUGUUAUGAUAGGCCAUCAUUAUUAGCUGGUUACGAGCGUCAAUUUAGCUUUGCUUUUUGUACUAUUGAUGAUUUGGUUUGCUUUUGGCGUAGUAGUUUGAUUCAUCCGGUCAUGCCGGUGGCUAUCCUCGGUGAUGGAAGGAUGAUCACACGCUACAGGCCAGCAGCGGUGCAUUGUAACAUAAAAUAAUGCUGGUGUGUAGCGUGAUGUGUGUUGUCGUGUAUUCAGAGUUCAGACCUUGCUAUUGCUGCAUCAGGAUUUCAGGAUAUUAUGUGUGCUGUAUAAUGUUGCCGUGUUUCUUAGGAUAUUAGUUGAGGUGCUCCGGACACCUGAACUCUGUACCUUCCUAA